GCAGCCCCAGCCCGGGCGGAGGAAACUCCAUGUUGUAACAAAGUUUCCUCCGCGGCGCCGCUCCCGCGCCCGCCGCCCCGCGCCGCCGCCGGCCCCCGCCCCGCCUCCCCCCCCGGGGGCCGCGCCGGGGGGGGGCCGCCCCCUUCCCCCCCCUUCCCCCCCCUCCCCGGCGCCCAUGGAGCACCAGUCCAUCAUCGCCCAGGUUAGCAGGGAGGAGGGGAGCGCCCCGCUGCAGGAGAAAGGUACCCAGGCCCCGGCCAAGAAGCCACGGAGCCGCAGCAUCCUCCAGUCCCUCUUCUGUUGCCUGUGCCGCGAUGAGGGGGAGCCCUGCGCCAGCACCACCAGUGCCCCGCUCCUGGUGGAGGAGAACGGGGCCCUGCCCAAGGCUGCCGUCAAACACCUCCUGCCCGAGAUCAAGCCGCAGGACGCCAGCAAGCUGUGUGUGGUCAUCGACCUGGACGAGACGCUGGUGCACAGCUCCUUCAAGCCGGUGAACAAUGCCGACUUCAUCAUUCCUGUUGAAAUCGACGGCAUCAUGCACCAGGUGUAUGUGCUCAAGCGGCCGCAUGUGGAUGAAUUCCUGCAGCGCAUGGGUGAGCUUUUCGAGUGCGUGCUCUUCACUGCCAGCCUGGCCAAGUAUGCAGACCCUGUGGCUGACCUGCUGGAUAAAUGGGGAGCUUUCCGGGCACGGCUUUUCCGGGAAUCCUGCGUCUUCCAUCGCGGCAACUACGUGAAGGACCUGAGCCGCCUGGGCCGCGACCUGCGCCGCAUCAUCAUCGUGGACAACUCUCCUGCAUCCUACAUCUUCCACCCCGAUAACGCCGUGCCGGUGGCCUCCUGGUUCGAUAACAUGGCAGACACGGAGCUGCUGGACCUGCUGCCCUUCUUCGAGAGGCUCAGCAAGGUGGAGGACGUGUACGCAGUGCUCAAGAAGCAGCGGACUAACAGCUAGUGGCCCCCCACCCCGCCGGUUGCUGCCGAGGGGCACCGCUGUGGCAGCCGGGUGCCUUAUUUGGGGGGGGGGAGUAUGUCCCAGUGUGCCCCUCAUCAUCCUCCCCAGCCCUGGUGGGUGCGGGUGCCCUCCCUGCCUGCUGGUGGUGGGAGAUGUGGGUGCCCCCUCUGGGGGACCUGGGUGUCCCCCUCCCUGUGGAGGAGGGGUGGCCAUGGGUGACCCGCUACCUUGCUGUGCUGAGGACCUGUUGGGGGGGUCCUGUCCUCCCCCACUGCCCCGUCCCCACCGUCCCCACCCCAACCUGCAUCCCCCCUCCCCGAAACAGUUCUCAGGUCCUUUUCCCCUCCAUGUCCCCCCAAGUGGGGAGGGGGGGUCAGCAGCUGCUGCUUUCCACUGCCUUUGGGGGGAGUCUAGAUCCCUCGCAUCCAGGCUCUGCCUGCUGCAGGGGCUGACGGCCCUUGGCCCCUAUUGCAGGGAGUGCGGGACUGGUUAAGCCCUUGCCACCCCCCAGAAAUGGGGGAGUUUUAUUGGUCUUGGUGCACAGGGGUGCCGCCGUACCCUUAACUCUGCCUUGGGUGCAGCUCAUCACCUCGGGGGGGUGGGGGUGGGGGACAUGCGCCUACCCCCUGCCUUGUGCCUUCUAUCCCCUGCCUUGGGGGUGUGUUUUGGGGGGCAGCCUGGCCUCAGGGCUGAGCCCCUGGCCACGAAUGCCCCCCACGUGCCUUGGGACACUGUGUCUCCGUGCCCCCCCAAUUCCUGCAAGGGGUGUGCCUGGUGGGGGGGGGCAUUCUUAAUGCACUCCCUCCAACCUCGGUUUCUUCCCAUGGGGGGAAUCUGGUGGCUUCCCCCACCUCCAGCUAUACUGUGCCAGUGGGAGCCACUCCAGUCACCGACGGGGGGGUUACCUCCCUUGUGUGCGGGGGGUGGGGGGGGUGGUGGUCAUGCGCCCCGUCCCCAUCCAUCUGCAGCUUCAUCAAAGGCUGCAGCUCCUAGGGGGAGGAAUCCCCGUACCAGCCUUAGUGUAGCCCAGCCCCCCAGCUGGGGCAGGGUUCGGGGGAACUCUGGGGUUCCCCCCCCUGCAGCAUGGGGUUACCCUGACCCCUGUGGGGUUGGGCUUGUGCCAGGAUGUCCCCCAGCCUUGAGGCACUGGGGGCUCUCAGGGAGGGUUGGGGGGCAGGGGGCGGGAGCUGAGCUCAGCCAGGCCUUUUUUAGCGUUUCAGCAUGGACAAUGUCUCAGAUCUCUUCAGGGGGAAAAGCAACGGUUUCCCAAAAAAUCAUGGAUGCCUUCUUACCGCUGUGCCAGGGAAGGGGAGGGGGCAGUAUUUGGGGGGCGGGAUGCGAGGGGUUUUAGCUCUCCAGUGCGGUCUAGCCAGCUCCUGCUGGCACUGCCCUUAUCCCAACACUGGGUGCCGGGGCAGGCAGGGGUCCCCCCAGGCCUGUCUGCACUCCGGUGGGGAGGCGGGGUGAGUGGUGCUGUGGUACACGCACCCCCUUGGACCCCUGCCUGCCCCGGGCCUGAUCCUGCCCCUCCGGGAGGGUUGAACUCAGCACUUUAUAUUAGACAAGUCAAACGGCACCAGCAAAGCCUGCUGCCCAGCAAGCACCCAUGGGUGCUGCAGCACCCGAGGAGUGCAGCCCCCGUGCUGGGCACCCUUGGGGGGGUCCGGGGAG